GAUCGAACUUAUAGACCAAACAACAACGUAUCAUGCCCCAGGCCAAUCUAAAGUUAAGUCCUCACGACCAGCAGGUGCUGGAUUCCAUCUUUAAUCCUCUGGAGCUUGGCAGCCUCCAAGAUUUUGACUCCGUUCCCACUGAAACUGAUCUAAAGGACGUAGAGCCGGACACCCCAGAUAUCAGAGCAUCGAGGGAACUGGAAUUAAAGGCCAUUACCUUAUCCGAAAAAGGGAAGCUGGAUGAAGCCCUUGAAGUAUUCCAAGAAUCACUUAAUCUGGCUCAGAGGGCUUCAGUGCUUAAUAAUCGAGCCCAAACAUUGCGACUGGCAAAACGCGAUGAGGAGGCCCUCGAUGACUUGAUCAGAGCCGUGGAACUGGCCAAUGAUCAGCAGACCCGCACCAAGUGCCAUGCCCACUGUCAGCGAGGGGUCUUAUAUCGUAAACUGGAUAAUUUGGAUGCGGCACGUGCAGAUUUUGAGGAAGCAGUUCAGUUAGGCAGUAAAUUCGCCAGGGAACAGCUUGUGGAAAUCAAUCCCUUUGCUGCGCUCUGUAAUCAAAUGCUUCGCCAGGCCUUCGAUCAGCUCAAAUAGGAAGAGAUAUACAUACUUAAG